CGCCAUACAUACGCCGCAGCCCUGCAUCCCAUCCAUAUUUGUCUGUCUAUACAUACAUACAUACAUGCUAGUUUUAUGUAGCUGUAUUAGCAGAAGUAGUCGCUGAGUAUGUUAUGUACGAUAGCAUGCGCCGGGAUUCCAUGGCGACUCGCAGUCAGUCGGAUUGAUUAUAAAUACGGCAGGACGCUCGUUCGUUUUCCACCGUCGGUGGCUUCUGUUCUGGACACUCGGGGCCGUUGUUUGCAAGCCUUCUACAUACCCGCACCUACUUACACACACGAUGUCUCCGACCACCACCGAUGACCGCAUCUCGACCAGCGAGCAUCCCGGCCGCCGCCAUUCGCACUCCAAUGGCAAUGGCAACGGAAAGGUCAAUGGCCGCUCCCAGGUCUCGCCACCACUGCCGUUCAUAUCCACGCGCGUCUCCAAGAACAUUGGCGAUGUGGCGAUAAUGGAGCGGUUCGCACGCAUACUGGCCGAUCAGUACCAUGCCGAACACAAUCCGGAGGGAAUCAUCAACCUGGGCGUUGCCGAGAAUGCGCUGAUGUAUCGAGAACUCACCGAGUUUAUCAACAAAACUCUCACGGUCGACAACUUCACGUGCACGUACGGCUCCGGGCCCACCGGUGGCGCCGCGCUGCGCACCGCGCUGAGCGGGCUAUUCAACACCCGCUUCCGGCCGUUCACCACCGUGACACCCAGCCAGAUCGUUGUCUCCGCGGGGGUGACCACGCUGCUCGAGUCCCUCGCCUGGACGCUCGCGGACCCAGAGGACGGCAUCCUCGUCGGCCGCCCAUUCUACAGCGCCUUUCCCAACGACUUCUACGCGCGGGCGCGGGUGCACACCGUCGCCGUUGGGUUCCACGGCAGCGACCCGUUCGCCGAGAGCUGCGUGGGUUACUACGAGCGGGCGCUGCAGGAAUGGAACGGGCGGCCGCUGGUGCCGGGGAAGGUCCGCGCGCUGGUCGUGGUCAAUCCCCACAAUCCCCUCGGAGAGUGCUACUCCCCAGAAGCCCUGAAAGAGAUCAUGCGCUUCUGUCACCGCGAGAGGAUCCACUUCGUCUGCGACGAGAUCUACGCCCUCAGUGCCUACGAUAACCCCCGCGCUGAGAAGUCGUUCACCAGCGCCCUGAGCAUCGAUACCCACGGCAUCAUCGACCCCGCGCUCGUGCACGUGCUCUACGGGAUGAGCAAAGACUUCAGCGCGAACGGCUUCCGCCUCGGCGCCUUCGUGAGCCAGAGCAACCCGUCGGUGCUACAGGGACUGGGGAGCAUAAGCCACUUCGGCUGGCCGAGCGGCCUGGCGGAGGCAGCAUGGACGGCGAUCCUCUCGGACGCUGCAUUCCUCGACUCGUGGAUCACCACCAACUCGCAGCGACUGGGCGAGAACUACACCCGCGCCACAGCCAUCCUGGAUUCCCACGGGAUCAAGUACCACUGCAAAGGAAACGCGGCGCUCUUCCUCUGGCUCGACCUCUCCCCCUUCCUGCCAGCGGGGUACGCGGACGCCGUGACGGCGGAGCGGGAGCUCGCCCGCCGCCUCCUGGAGGCGGGAGUGUUCAUUGCCGGCGGUGACGAGUUCCGCGCGGAAACGCCCGGCUGCUUCAGGGUGGUUUUUUCCAUGCCCUGGGACUGGGUCCAGGAGGGGCUGAACAGGGUUUUGGCGGUUUGUGGGGUUUUGUAGGGUGGUGGGUGUGAAAAAGGG